CUAGAAGUGGGAACCAGAGAAAACAGUCCUGGGAUGACCAGGGCCCCUUCUCCCAAAGAUGGAGAAAUAAAUGGAGAAACGCAGGGCUACCUCUCUCCCUUUGACGAGAUGCCAUCUCCUAAGGACCGGCUUGCAUGUUCUCUUCCCCUCCCGUGACCAGUCUCCCAAGGAAAAUAAGUAUUGGGUGUUUUUAUAAUGGCCACACAAACUAGUCAUAUCUUCCAUGGUCAAGAUAAUAAGUUUCUGGAAAAUCAUUGCAUGAGGAGAAACAAUGACAGAGAUCCAAAGAAGCAGUUGAACCAGAAGAAUAUCAAUGAACGUGGCCAAAAGCUAGACAAUGGACUACGGGUUACACAUAUUAACCAGACACAGGACUUACUGAGGCUGCAGGGCGAUGAGACCCAGCUGCCUUCAGCCUGGGAGGAUUCAGAAGAUUGGCUUUUAACACACAAUUUAAAGUCUAUGAAACUCACCUUGGCUGACCUGAUAAGCCAGGGCACAGCCAUGCUGAAGGAGGGUAGCAAUGUCACGAGGAAAAUGCACAUCUCCACCCAGACCAUUCACCAGUUCGAAUCCAAGCUUUCUGAAGCUAUUGAACUCUAUCAACAGAGAAUUCAGUGGCUCACAGAAAAUAGCAAGAAGGCAUUUGGCCUCAUCAAGGGGGACAGAGUUGGCACCCUCAUUGAUGUGUCAGCUGUCAGCAGUGGCCCUCAGAAGGAGGAGUUCCAAAAUGACCUCAUGAGCCUCAUUGAUGAGCAGCUGAGCCACAAGAAGAAGCUGUACGUCCUGUCCUUCGGUACCACCACCGGCACCUUGUGGCCCAGCCCGGUAGAAGUCAGCACCUCCAGCCUCCAGGAACUCAAGCUCUGGGUAAAGAAACUGCAGCCUGAGAGAGGCAGCAAUCUGCUGCAAGCCCUGAAGAAAAUCUUCGCUCUGAAGGGGCUGAAUUCUCUGGUGACCAUAAUGGGAAGCUGCCCAGAUCAGCCUUCUGAAAUCCUGUCCGAGUACAUCCAACAGUCCACCGUUGGAAGGGACCUCAUCACCCACAUCAUCACCUACAAAUGCGAUGGUCAGGUGCCCCCUGCUGUUCUGAAGAACCUUGCAGAAGCUCUUGGGGGCUACUACCACUGCUACAGCCCAGAGACAGAGAUCUACAGCAGCCGGGAGGUGGAUGAGCUGCUGGCAGAAAUCCAGAAGGCCCAGAGCCUCCGGGUCCAUGUGCAAGCCCUGCACCAGAGCGCCCCCUGCGAGGAGCGGACCGGCUUGAUGCACGAGAUUUCCGCAGAGAUUGCAGAGAGGCCACUUGCGAGUCUCUUGCCUAAACCCCCAAAGCAUGAGGAUCCCCUCACAAUUGAGUUCCCAAACUUGGACAAGUCUUCUGCAGAAUGGCUAAAGACCAAUAGCCUGAAAGCCAAGAAGCUAAGCCUUUAUCAGGUUCUGGCACCCAAUGCAUUCUCUCCCGUAGAGGAAUUUCUGCCUGUUCUCCGGAAGACAGUAUCAUCAACUAUCCAUGAGAAGGCAAUGGUACAACUUGAAUGGCAUGAUGGGGCAAUGAAGAAUAUUCACGUGGACCUGCCCUUCCUGUAUGAGUACCAGAAACAGCUCAGCAGAGCUAUGCGGAUGUAUGAGAGACGGAUCGAGUGGCUCUCCUUGGCCAGCAGAAGAAUCUGGGGCACCGUCUGUGAAAAAAGGGUGGUUAUACUGCUUGAUAUCUCUGUGACCAAUUCCAUGUACAUUAUUCAUAUCCAGCACUCCCUGAGACUUCUGCUGGAGGGGCAGCUGUCCGACAAGGACUGCUUCAACAUCAUCGCGUUUGGAAGCACCAUUGAAAGCUGGAGGCCUGAGAUGGUUGUCACAAGCCAUAGCAACUUACAAAGCGCCUGGCGGUGGGUCCUGAGCCUGCAGUGUCAAGGCAGCAGGAACGUCCUCAGCGCCCUGCGGAAGGCUGUGGAAGUGGACUUCAAGGACAAAGACAAACAGCAAUCACAGGGCAUCUACCUCUUCACCGGGGGUGUCCCUGACCAGGACAUGGCCAUGCUCAGUGCCUACAUGGCCGAGGCCCGUGUGGGCUGUGACUUCCAGCUGAACGUGUGUCUCUUCUACGUGGGAGAGUCACAGAUGGACACCACGCCCCCUGCCUGCUAUGCCAGCUGCAGUGACACAGCCACCGCCUACCGGGAGGUCGCCCGGGCUGCUGGGGGCCGCUUCCACUGGUUUGGAGACACAGGUAUUUACGAAAGCGAUGAUAUCAGUGCCAUCACGUCUGAGAUGGAAAAGGCUCUCAACUACUCCCAAAAGUGUGCCUUACUCGUGUCAUCUCUGAAGAACCAGUCUGGAAAAGAACAGGAAAGUGCAGCCCUCCUGAGAGAAAAGCCAAAGAUGCUCAAGCUGAGAAGUCAGCCCGGGAAGUUCUGUCCCUCCAAGCCCACAGCACGCUCUGUGGCCAGAAUGGUUUGACUCCCCUCCCUAAUAACACACAGGGGAUUUUGUUUC